AUGAUCUUGGCCCGCUUGGCCUCGGGCCCCACUGAGGCGCUCCCCGCAAAUGGGGAGGGCGGAAAAGGAGGAGGAGACGGGGAUGUUGGUGGUGGAGGCGGAGGAGGAGGGGGAGGGCCAGUUGGAGUUGGGGUUGGGACAGUUGGAGAUUCCGGGAACACAGUGAUCCUGACCGGGCCAGCCAGUAGCAGGGCGAGUUCGAGCACCUCGACACCGGCUGCCACGGCGCCGUCUGUCAAAUCCCCCACGUCGGGCUUGGGGAGGAAGAGUCGCAGGGGGCUCGGGUCAGGUGCACGUACAGGGUCCAGCAGCAGCAGUGGCAGCGGCGGUAGCAUAAGCGGUGGUGGUGUUGGAGGAGGAGGAGGAGGAGGAGGAGGAGGAGGACGCAGAACUUCAUCCAGAGUUCUUAAGACGACCCCGCCGUCGUCUACCGCCGUGUCCCGGGCCACCUCCGUCUCCCCUACUUCAGCCCUCCUCACUCCUCCUCUCUCGACCGCGGCCACCACAGCUGCCACGACCCGAUCGUCGACUUCGACUCCUGCUGCCGUGGCCGCCGCUGCAAGCCGCAAGGUCUUCCCCAAGAGCAUGGAGCCCCCCGUCGUCUCGUUUUACGGGGCCGAGCCCAUCCCGCUACCCUCGCGCUUCGCCGGCGUCAAGAAGCGGCUCAUCGCCGGCCACGAGGCCGCCGUCGAGGCGUCGUGGCGUCGCCUGCUCGACGCCCUCCGGACCGAGAUCGCCGACAUCCAGGACCGCGGCUCCGAGCUGAUCCCGUCCAUCAACUUCACCGACAUCAACGACCCCGUCCGCGUCGAGGCCUUCGCGCACAGGCUGCGCCGCUACGGCGUCGCCGUCAUCCGCGGCGUCGUCUCGCCCAACGACGCCCGGGGCUGGGUCCAAGAGACGCACGAGUACCUCGACAAGAACCGCGAGUUCAAGCCGCCCGCCCUGCACGACCCGACCUGCAUCGACCUCUUCUGGACGCCCGUCCAGGUGCGCGCGCGCGCCCACCCCAACAUGCUGCGCGCACAAAAGUUCGCCAUGUCCUUCUGGGAGUCGACCGACGACCUGCACAUCACCCGCGCCCCCGUGAGCUACGCCGACCGCCUGCGCAUCCACAACGACAAGCUCGGCGCCGUGGGCCAGCGGAGCGGCAACUCGGCCGCCGACUCGCUCAGCGCCACCGCGUCGUCGACCGUCAUCGCCCAGAUCGACAGCGGCAGCCUGGAGCGAUGGGAGCCCGACGGCUACGGCCGCGGCGGCACCUACGAGGCCGUGUUCCGCGGCGACUGGGAGUCCUACGACCCGUGGGACCCGGCCGGCCGAGUCGGCGCCACGACCGACCUGUACAACGGCGAGGGCGCCUGCAGCGUGUUCCGCAUGUUCCAGGGCAUCCUGGCCCUCACAAAGGUCGAGCAGGGCAUGGUGCGCGUGCUGCCGUCGCCCAAGCUCGUGGCCGCCUACUUCCUCCUGCGGCCCUUCUUCUCGCCCAAGCGCGGCCCGCCGGAGCAACCGGACGGCGGCAAGGCGGACCAGUGGGCCGCUUACUUGGAUGCGUCCAACUGGGCGCUCGACCCGGAGCCCAACACCAUCAUCCACGGCGCCGUCCCGGGCCACGCCCAGCGCCUCACCGAACGCUGGCAUCCGCACCUGCACCUGCGCAGGAGCCUGGUCUCCCUGCCCAGCCUCCGGGCCGGCGACUACGUCAUCUGGCACUGCGACCAGGCCUACUCCAUCAUCACGGGCGGCACGAGGCUCGGCGUCCCCCAGGCGUUACAGAACGAGUCGAACGAGCUGUCUCUCCUGACCUACACGCCCGUGUGUCCCCUGACGCAGACGAACGCGCUGUUCCUCGCCCGCCAGAGGAAAGCCUUCCAGACCGGCCAGCCGGGGCCGGACUUUGACACCCUCGGCGGGCUGGGCAGCGAGGCGUCGCACCAGGACCGUCCCGGCGCCCGAGAGGUCGAGGAGUACGGCGGGGUCGACGGGCUGCGCGCCAUGGGCCUGGCCCCGUACGACGUCGAGCCGGCCGGCGCGCCGCCCAAGCACGCGGACGCCAUGGACGUCGACAACGAAGACAACGAGGGCGUCAGGAACAGGACCAAGACGGAGGCCGAGACGGAGCUCCUGCGUCUCGCCAACAUCAUCCUCUUCCCCAGCCGCUACGACUUCUACAUCCCGACAAGCGGCACGCGGGGCAGCGGCGACCGCACGCCCCGCGCGGUGGCGGGCGGCGCGCCCAAGACGAUGGUGAACGGGAACAAGAGCUGA